AUGGCAGGGAACAGGUGCGGGGCGUGCGGGCAGGAGCUGGAGUCAGACAACCUACUGAGAAUCCAUCUGUAUCGCAAUGAUACGUGCAGGGACACGAUGCUCGAGAGGCUCGAGAGUAGGGCGAUGGAGGCGUUGGCGGAGGCUUUGGCCGAGGUGAGAAAUAGCCCGCAUCAUUCGGACAGUGAGUCAGUCCCGGGCAGCCCCCACUCCGCCGACUCGCUGUUCAGAUAUUUGAGAGAGUUUCCCGAGCACGCGGAUUUUGUGCGCGGGUACGUGUCGACGUCGGACGAUGGAUCUGUAUCCACAGUUGGCGACCUGUUCAACACCCUGAACGAGCUGUACCUGUUCUUCAAGGACGCUGAUUUGUCGGACAGAGAAAUAAAUAGAGUGUUGCACAUAUUCAACCACCCGGGAUACGAUCCUGCAGCGGUUCGGCGCUGGCAGAACGUCGCCGACGUGAGGCGGUUUGGGGAGGAACACGCGCCGGACGACAUGGUGCCGUGGCUCAAGGCAGAGAUUGAGGUGCGGGGCCCCGGAGGAAGGUCUCAGAUGCUGGAACUGCUGUACAAGGACACCAAGCUGGCGGAACUGCCGGAGGAGGAUUCUAUGGUGCUGGGUGUCAUCUCGUACAGCGACAGCACUUACGCGUCGGGGAACGGACGCCUACAGGCAUGGCCAAUGUUGAUGGGUUUGGUCAAUGUCCCGGAGGAGUUACGGUGGCGUGAGCCUGGGCACGCGCUAGUGGGUGUGCUCCCUUUUCCGCCAGAGUGGGCAUCUGCGACGGAGAAGACGCCGGAGUAUCAGGAGGCGUAUCGCAUCGUGAUGGGUCCGCUCAUUCCACCAUCCAACGUGCAGAGCGUUCUGGAGCGCUGGAACUUCUCUGAGACGAAGUGGGGUAACGUCUUCCUGGCGGUUGUUGGCGACAUAUUGCAUGUGCUGGAUUCCGGGGUGCUGGUGCAUAUGGCCACCUGUUUCAUGGAGGGGAAGACGAAGGCCGAGAUUCGGGGGUUUGAUCACCGCAAGUUUGGCGUGAAGGGCGAGACAAGGAAUGUCUUGGUGCGCAUCCCGGGUGGCUCCACCUUUUUCCGCAGCGGGGCGAAUUACGCGGCGUUCGAGUAUCGUGGCAUGAUGCAGGUUUUCCCUAUUGUCAUUUCCGACCUGUGUGUGGGGCGCUCUGCGGAGGAAAGGGACCAGAGGGAUAAGGAGGUUCGUGCCUUCCGCUACUAUGCGGUCUUCUACAAGUCCCUGCUGGCUGGCACCGUGAAGGGCCCCGUGCGCGGAAGCAACUGGAAAGACAUACCAAGCAGGAUUGUCGAGGAGGAGACGCAACGCGAGAUCACUCGGGAGAUUGCAGCGCUGUCAGGAGGAGGGAGAACUUACUACACCGCCCUGCGAGAGGCUGUGCGCAGCAUGAAGCCCGCGCUGACCCGCACCAGCAAGGCCAUGUGUCUCAUGACGGCAGACGAUCCACUGCGGAUGCUGUACAGGGAGACGGUGGGCAGUGAGUUUGACAACAUGGCGACACUCAUGGCUGCGGAAGGCCUUCAGACUUCACGUGUGUUGGUGCACACCGCAGUGGCCAUCCCUAGCACGAAAGGGGGGUACUUGGUUCCGAAGGCGAUGUUCGUGAAAGCAAGCCCGAAGGAGAACUGGUUCACCGACAUUGCAAUACCGGGAGAGAGGGAGGAGGAGGAGGAGGAGGAGGAGUGGUGGUAUGCGCGGUGUCUCUGUAUUUUCAGGGCGGUGAACUACAGCGGGGAGGAAGGUGCAUAUGUAUUCGUGAAGUAUUACGAGGAGGAGGGGGUGUGUCCCCAGACACUUUGCCCCCAAUUGGUGCCGGGGCGGAAGGAGGCCACGCACGGGAUCAUUGAAGUUGCAUCGAUCGAGCGCAUUGUCCACGUGUGCAAGUCCUUUACUAAUCCUAGAGUCAGGCUACUCAAUAGGUUUGCACUCAUCGACUGA